AUGGCUACACCAACAGUCGAUUUACCACCGAACUGUGAAGAAGAGGUUUCUGCGCCGAUACUGGAUCAUGCUCAAGGUUUGGUAUCGGCGAUUGGGGUAGCAGCCGUCGCAGCUGUCGCAGUAGGAGAUGGCCUCACUAAUGGACUCGGAUAUACAAAGCCAAAAACAUUCCAGGGUCACAUGGGGCAAGAAGAUUGCCAAAUUCAUCAAGUAGAACAGCGAGAGGCAAAACAACAAAGGAGCCUAAGAGAAGCGCAGGAGAAGUGGGAUGCUGCAACCAUGGGAGCGGCAACAAGGGUCGAAACAGUUAUAGCGGCGGAAGGAGUAGGAGGAGGAGGAGGAGAACCAGAAGAUGGAGGAGGGCUUGAAGGGGUGCACCUUCCGCCUAGAAAAGGCGCUGAUGCGGCAGGUCAACAGGUCAGAGCUGCUCUUUCCCGCACCCGCCUUGGCCGUUCGAACCCCUCCAUCUCCAGCUCCAGCUCCAGCUCCAACUCCAACUCCAGUUCAGGUUCAGGCGCAUCCUCAUACAGCACCAACACCACCACCACCACCACUUCACCUGCUGCAGCUUCACAGAACAACGCCCUAAACUUCACACAAACCGGUCGCAUUACAAAAUCUCGCCAUCGUGCCUCUCUUUCGGCCCCGAUCGCGGCUUCAUUAGUAACUGCUGCUAUUACAGAAAGCGCCAGGUUAUCUUACGAGGCAAAGCUCACUGCGGCGCUCGCUGCUAAUAUACCCGGCAAGAUGGUCGGCAGCCAUUCGAGCACGACAACCACGGCUUUGCCCUCAAUAAAAGCGAACGGCUUGCCAUCGCUGUCGCCAACUCCCAGGACAAACAGUUCCACACCAACUAUAAGCAAUUCUUCCAUUGACAGGGAUCAACCUGUGGUUUCCUUCUGGGGCCCUGAACCUAUCGCUCUCCCCUCACGUUUUGCCCGCAUCAAGCAGAACCUCAUCCGCGGUCACGAGGCUGAGCUCGAAGCUAGCUGGGCUCGUCUCAUUACUGCGCUGCGUAAAGAGGUCAGUCAUAUAGAAGAUCUGGGGGCCCACCUAAUUCCCUCAAUUGAGUUUGGCGAUCUUGAUGACUCUGUUCAGACUGCCCGCUUCGGACAUGAUCUGAGACGCUACGGUGUUGGAGUCGUCCGCAAGGUUGUUCCUAGAGCAGAUACCGAUACUGCAGUCCGCGAGACGGUCGACUAUCUUGACAGCAAGCGGCACGUGAAAGCAAAAGCAUUGCAACAACAUGAUCCUGCCUGCUUCGACUUCUUCUGGACUCCUGCACAAGUCCGCUCAAGAGCGCACCCUAACGUUCUGAGUGCUCAACGCUUUAUGAUGGGUCUCUGGGAGACCAGCCCCGACGAUCAACUUGUCACGCGCCUUCCUAUUACCUACGUCGAUCGCAUACGUGUGCAUGGAAAUAGCGAGAGCCAAUCUAACAACCUCAACGUCCCACCUCUUGAACCACCACAAUCCGCCAAUGAUUGGAUACAAGCUUUGCAGUCGUCUGCAGGCAUCACCGCCCAGGUCGAUAACGGGUCCCUCGAGCGCUGGGAACCUGAUGGGUACCAACACGCGGGAACUUAUAACCACAUCUUCCAUGGCAAAUGGGAGGAUUAUGAUCCGUGGAAAUGUACCAGCCGAACCUCUGUGACUACCGACCUCUACAAUGGUUACGGUGCUUGUACUAUCUUUCGCAUGUUCCAAGGAAUCUUAGCCCUCUCUACCGUUGAGCCCGGGAUGGUUCGUCUCUUGCCCUCACCAAAGCUUGCGACAGCUUAUUAUCUGCUUCGACCAUUCUUCACAACUAAGAACCCACCACCAGAGAAUCGCAGUGGUCCUGAAUGGGAGGACUAUCUUGCACCUGAUAACUGGAAGUUGCAAACAGAGCCUGAUUCCAUUAUUCAUGGGGCGGUUCCCGGUCACGCGCAAAGAAUUACUGAAACUUGGCAUCCUCAUCUGCAUCUAAGAAACAGCAUGAUCACGUUGCCAACUCUGCAGCCCGGCGACUACAUAUUCUGGCACCCGGAUCUCCCUUAUUACCUUUCCAGUAACAACUAUGGUCUCAAAACACCCAGUGGUAGUAAGAGUGAGGUAAGUAUGCUGGUGUACAUCCCGGCAGCUCCACUCACGCAAACAAAUGCACUUUAUCUCGCACGACAGAGGAAAGCAUUCCAAAGGGGCCACCCCGGACCCGACUUUGACUCCACUGGCAGGGGUGUUGUUGAAGAAGAUGCCGAAACUCGGCCCGGAGAAAAAGAAAUCGCUGAAGUCGGAGGCCCGUCCUCAUUACAGGCCAUGGGACUCGCUCCAUGGGAAGUCGCUGGCACUCGUUCUGGUACGCCACCUCCCGAAAAGUCGAAGGCCAAGAGCGAGGUAGAUUCCGAGAUGGACAUCGAUACCGAUAUAAAGAACUCUCCAAGCGCAUCACCAAACUCUCGAGCUGAAGCGGAAGUUGUGCGUUUAGCCAACAUCAUCCUUUUCCCUGAAAGAUCGAUGCUGGGGUAUUCUGUGUGA